AUGGCUGGAAAAUCCGCAAAACAAUCUCCAAGGCUGGAAUAUGAUGCGAUCGUGGUUGGGGCUGGCAUCAUCGGAACAUGUGCAGCCUUUCACUGCCAAAAUCUGGGGCUGAAGACGCUGCUUCUCGAACAGUAUUCAUUUGGCCAUGCAAAUGGAAGUUCGCAUGGACAUUCGAGGAUUACCCGCUACGCCCAUACUGAAGAACCGUUCAUUCCGAUUGUAGCGGACACCUAUUUUCAAAUCCAAGAGCUUGAAACGCAGCUAGGAAUCCAGCUUUGGCAAAAAACGGGUCUGAUGUGGCUUUCCAAUCCGAGACAAAUCGAUGCCAUCUCCGGAAAUUUGAAAAAGCACGAGCUAGAGCAUGAAGUUUUGGACCAUCAUCAGAUUAGCAAGAAGUUCCCACAAUUUCAAUAUGGCGAGCAGUGGAAGGCCCUGUUUGAUCCGGCUGGAGGCAAUCUCUUCCUUGCACUCGGCGGCACUAUUCACGAAAACGAAAAGGUUAUUAACUUUAUGGAUGGUGCGGUGACGAUGCAAAACGGGCUGGUGCAUUUCGGGAAGAAGAUCAUUUUAUCGGCGGGCACUUGGUUGCCAGAAUUGGAUCCGCACACUCAUAAUAUCGUCAAUAUUAGGCCAGAGAGAAUGGCGGUCACGUACUGGAGGCCGAAAGAGGCAAAAGAUGUCCCGUUGUUCCAAAUGGAUAAGUUCCCAGUUUUCAUCGUUCACAAUGAGGAUACUGGGGAUGAUGGAUAUGGACUUCCGUGUCGGGAUUUUGCUGAUGCAAUUAAGUUCUGCGAUCAUCAUGGCGAUCCGUUCAAAAUCGGGGACGCUGAAAAGCCGCCCAGUCAUGAAAACAUUGUGAAUCCGGGGCGACAUCUCGCCAAACAUAUUCCCCUUCUGGAAAGCUCGCAUCCAGCCUAUCUACAAACAUGCAAAUAUACGAUGUCGCCGGAUAAGGUGUAUGUGAUUGAUCAUCAUCCAAAGUUUGAAAAUGUGAUUGUGGCGGGUUGUAUGUCUGGCAGUGGAUUUAAGAUGGCACCGGGUAUCGGAAGAAUUCUUGUUGCCAAUGGGGCGGUUUCGGAUUCGACCCUUUUGGAAGAGGCGGUCACCAUCACCAUCAUCAUCAUGGUUUUGAUGACCGACGGGGUGGAUUUGGAGGCGGUGGCCGUGGAGGUGGCGGUUUUGAUGGUGGCCGUGAUGGCGGCUUCGGUGGCGGCGGUCGCGGCGGAAGCGGCGGAUUCGGAGGCCAAAACGGCGGAGGACAGGGUGGCUUCGGCGGUCAGGGUGGAUUCGGUGGCGGCCAAGGCGGAGGUCGCGGUGGACAAGGCGGUUUUGGAGGAGACGAUGGCGGACGUGGUGGGCAAGGAGGAUUUGGCGGCCAGGGAGGAUUCGGUGGACAAGAUGGAGGCCGUGGUGGCCAGGGCGGUUUCGGAGGCCAAAACGGUGGCCAAGGCGGAUUUGGCGGUCGGGAUGGAGGCCAAGGCGGAUUCGGAGGCGGACAAGGCGGUCAGGGUGGAUUUGGUGGACAGAACGGCGGAGGUCGAGGUGGAAUGGGAGGACAGGGAGGCUUUGGAGGACAAGGAGGCGGCCAAGGAGGUUUUGGCGGCCAGGGUGGAUUUGGGGAUCAGCACCAUGGACAAUAUCAAGGCCUACGGAGCCGGACUUGCCGUCCAGGGAUUUGACGCAAACACAUUUUUCAAAAAGCCGGCCGUUCUCUUGAAAUGCGCGGCUCUGGUGCUCGGGGCCGGGCUGUGGUAUUGUGUUUCCAAGGGAGGAUGGCACAAGUCGGUGGCGAUACAUCCCAUCUGCCUCUACAAUUCGUCAGCUCCUACUUGUUCAUUUGGGAGUGCGUUCGGGUUUUUCGCGAUGGCCGCAGCGUUAGCCUUGUUGAUUUUGGAUGCCAAAUUUGAUCAAAUAACUUCAAUCCCAUCAAGGAAACGAGCAGUCUCGAUCGAUUUGGCGAUUUCUGCCACAUUCGCGGCCAUCUUCGUCAUCGCUUUCUUCACAUUCUGGUCAAAAUACUCGGCAUUUGAUUUGAAGGAAGACUACAGCGGGAGGUUGGCAAAGAUGGCUAUUCUAGUUUGUCUACUCUCUGCAGCGGCUUGGGCUGGGGUUGCGCUUUUCGCGUUCCGGAAGCACCAAGAGGGGGCGACAACGGGAUUGAUGGAGCAAGAAGGAUUUGGUGAUCAGUAUAGCCAGAUGCCGGCUGAUGUUGCGGCCGGAUAUGGUUAUGGAGGAGAUUCGAGUGGAAUCGGUUCGAUCGGACCCGUUGGCGGAGUAGGUGCCGGUUCCUACCAAAAUGGCGGCGGUAUGCCACCCCAACAACUUCCACCCGUCGCCCCCGUCCCCACCUCAAAUCCAUUCCACAACCAGGAGGGAUACGGAUAC